AUGCGCUUCACCAAGCCGAACUGGCUAGGCCACCACGACGAGAAGAAGGACCACGAAGUCUACUCCUGCCACGUCUCCCCCGAUGCCUCCCGUCUCGCAACCGCCGCCGGAGACGGUCAUGUCCGGAUAUGGUCCACGGAAGCCAUUCUGAACGCGUCCAAUCCAUCCUACACCAAGCCGCGACAGCUAGCCUCCCUCUCCAUCCACUCCGGCACGGUACACAGCGUGCGCUUCAGCCCGAAUGGGAAACACCUGGCCAGCGGCGGCGACGACAAGUUCGUCAUCGUCUACCACAUCGAGCCCGGCAAGCCGCAGCAUUCGACGUUUGGGAGCAAGGAGGAGCAGCCCGUGGAGAACUGGAGGGUGUUUAGGCGGAUGAUUGGGCAUGACAACGACGUGCAGGAUCUCGGAUGGAGCUACGACAGUUCUAUAUUGGUGUCUGUGGGACUGGACAGCAAAGUGGUGGUCUGGAGCGGGAGCACAUUUGAGAAGUUGAAGACGCUCCCCCAACACCAGAGCCACGUCAAGGGGAUUACGUUCGAUCCGGCGAAUAAGUUCUUUGCGACUGCUAGCGACGAUCGGACUAUCAAGGUCUACCGCUUCACGUCUCCGCCGCCGAACGCUUCUGCGCAAGAUCAGACGAGCAAUUUCGUGCUCGAGAGCAGCAUCACUGACCCUUUCAAGACCAGCCCCCUCACCACCUACUUCCGCCGGCCCUCUUGGAGUCCAGACGGAAACCACAUCGCAGCUGCCAACGCCACUAACGGACCUGUCAGCUCAGUAGCUAUCAUCCAGCGCGGGAAGUGGGACAUUCCCGUAAACCUCAUCGGCCAUGAAGGUCCCGUGGAAGUCUGCGCCUUCUCUCCGCGACUGUUCACGAAAGACCCUUACAUAAGCGAUCAAGCUACAGGUACCGGGAUCACUAUCAUUGCCUGCGCCGGGCAAGAUCGCACGUUGAGCGUUUGGAACACGAGCUUCCCACGGCCAUUUGUCACGACGGCAGAGUUGGCGGCGAAGAGUAUCACAGAUCUCUCGUGGAGUCCCGAUGGCCAGACUUUGUAUCUCACCUCGCUGGACGGCACGAUUGCCGCGGUCGUCUUCGAGAAGGGCGAGUUGGGCUACCCGCGCGCUGUCGCUCAGAAUGACAAGAUGCUGGAGAAGUAUGGUGGUGGGAGGAAGAUGGGGAUUGUGGAGAAUACAGAUGCACUGAGGUUGGAAGACAGUAGUAAGGCUGGGGAGCUGGACGGCGUUCGAGAACGGAUGGGAGAGCUGAUGGGCGAGCAGUCGGGCUCUGGUGCAGGUAAAGACGGUGUUGAUGCGGUCAUGGCCGAUUCUACUACGGCUGUCGCGACGACGAAUGGAGUUGCGCCGCAUGAGCCUGCGCAAGUCUCUCCGCCCAAGGAUGCGCAGGCUGAGAGAGUUGAGAAAUUGAAGCAGCGCGUCACCAUCACCAAAGACGGCAAGAAGCGGAUAGCACCUCUUCUCGUGUCGUCUUCGAAUCAAGGCGAAGCGAACAUGCCUCGUCCACAACUCCAGGCGGCCGCACGGAACGGUAUGGGUUCAGACGAGCCCGCUGGCAAGGUCUUGGACCUCAGCAAGCCCUACGAUGGUCUUCCGAAAGGCGGUCUGGCGAGCUUACUGCUGGGUAACAAGCGCAAGUACGCCGAAGUGGACGGUGCGGAUGGCGACGAAGACGGCAGAAGGAGAAACGAAAAGCGCGUGCAAGCCAUGCAGCAGACCGGCGCCACCCCGAUCGUCCACAACACCGUCGACGGCCUCGUGCCCGCCGCUGCUUCCGCCACAGACCAAGCACAACCCGCAGACAUCCCCGACGUCCUGCGCCCAGCCAUCAUCAACCCCAGCCUCAGCGUCUCCCAAAUCCGCCUCGCCGUCCCCAUGGUCCGCAGCGUAAUCCUCCGACCCCUCGAUCCGACCAAAACUCCCACCGAGCCUGAGCUCAACAACGCCGAACCCGAACCCGAACCCAACCCCAACUCUGCCAACCUCGUCUUCGAAGCCCGCAAUCCCGCCCCAGGCACCGGCGCCACCCGCACCGGCCGCGCCGCCGACCGCGAACCCACCCGCAUCACGCUCUCCCGCCGCUCGCAGAUCAUCUGGCAGGACUUCCUGCCCCGCGCGGCGCUGCUCGUGACGGGCAACAAGAACUUCUGGGCCGCUGGUUGCGAGGACGGGAGUCUCUAUACCUGGACGCCUGCUGGUCGCAGAAUGCUCAACGCGAUCGUGCUUGAGGCGCAGCCGGUGCUGAUGGAUUGUCGUGGGUGGAACGUCCUGGUCGUUACGGCGGUGGGGCAGGUGUACGUUUUCGACGUCCGGCAGGGGAAGGGACGGCAUCCGCCGGUUAGUCUGGCGCCGGUGUUGGAUGCGGCGAGUAGUGCGGUGAAUGUGGGAGGUGGGCUGACGCCGUCUUCGUCUCUCAUGUUCGCACGGUUGAACAGCCAGGGCGUCGUCGUGGUGGGGUUGAGUAACGGAGACGGUUUCGCGUAUAACGCUGACCUCUGGUGCUGGCAGCGGCUGAGCGAGGGCUGGUGGGCGGUCGGGAGUCAGUAUUGGAAUACUUCGUCCUCUUCUGCCGCAGCCACUGGUCGGCCGAAUGCGAAUCAGCAGGCGCCGACGGGAACUUUUCUGGACGAUAUUCAGCCUGAGAACGUCUCGGCGGGUAUUAUUCCGUUGCUGGAGCGCAACACCACGUCGCAGAGCUUGGUCAAGGGGCGCGCAUUCUUUCUGCAACGACUCGUUAAGGCUUUGCUGUCGGCGGAAGGGUAUGAAGGGUUUGAGACGGCGGUGUCGGUUGCGCAUCUGGAGAACAGGGUCGCUGCGGCGGCUAUGCUGGGUGCGAAGGAGGAGUUCAGAGUGUAUCUCGUCAUGUGGGCGAAGAGGAUCGGAGUCGAAGGGCAGAGAGCGAAGGUGGAGGAGUUGCUCAGAGGACUGGCGGGAAGCAUGUUUGAGGACCGCGAUGCUGAGGAUGGGGUUGAGGAGAAGCGCGAGCCAGCGCUCGAAUGGGGCGAUGGAGAGGACGUUGUGGGAUGGAAGAGGCAGGUGUUGUUGCGGGAGGUCGUGAUGGUGUUGGGACGGCAGAGGGACUUGCAGAGGGUGGUUGUGCCGUAUGCGAGGGCGCUAGGGGUGUUGGACGGCGAGGAUGAUGGUGAGAGGGAUGAAGUGGGAAUUAUCACGAGUGGGUGA